AUGCAAGUCUAUACCGGGAAGUUGACCGGUGGAUGCCCAGAGAAGAACCAGGGGAUGCGAGUUGUGCUUGAUGUGACAGAGGGACUGAGGGGUCACAAUGUGACAUGUGACAAUUUCUUCACCUCUUAUGAACUCGGACAGCAGCUCCUAAAUAGGAAGAUCACCAUGGUUGGUACAGUUCGAAAAAACAAGCCUGAGCUCCCACCUGCACUGCUUGCGUCAAAAGAGAGAGAGGUCUUCUCAUCAAAGUUUGCCUUCACGCCCACAACCACUCUUGUUUCUUACCUCCCAAAGAAAAACAAGAAUGUGGUUCUUCUGAGCACACUGCACACAGAUGGUGACAUGAGCGAUCGUGAGGACAGGAAGCCAGUCAUCAUUCUAGACUACAACCGCAAAAAAGGAGGUGUGGACAACCUAGAUAUGGUGAUUGGAACGUACAGCUGUAGAAGGAUGACUGCCCGCUGGCCCCUCGUCAUCUUCCACAACAUCAUUGAUGUUUCCUCCUACAAUACCUUUGUAAUUUGGAGAGAGAUCAACCCAACCUGGAUGUCUGGUAAGCACAACAAGAGGAGGGUGUUCCUGGAGCAGCUAGGAAAGGGCCUUGUAACUCCACUCAUUGAAAGAAGGAAGCAUGUUCCCCGCACAGAAGCCUCAGCAGCAGUUGUGAAAGCUGUUCAGAGUGCAGGAGCUCCUGAUCAACCUGAGGCUCCAACUACCACAGCCACUUCCUCAGCUAAGGCAACCUCUCUGUGCAACUUUCCAUGGAAGCUCCUGGACCCUUUUUCCUUCCAUGUUGCCAUGGAAAAUGACCCAGAGAUCAAGUUCAAGCCUAGCAAGGAAAUGGCUUCAUCUGGACCCGUCACUGUGGCCAGAGGACAGUGGUCCAGUAAAAUGGAGUUCCUCCUUGCAGUCGCCGGACAAAUUAUAGGACUUGGAAACGUGUGGCGGUUCCCUUACUUGUGCUACAAAAAUGGAGGAGGAGUGUUCUUUAUCCCUUAUGUGCUCUUCCUCUUUACAUGUGGCAUCCCUCUAUUUCUACUGGAGACGGCUCUUGGCCAGUACACUAAACAGGGCUCCAUCACCUGCUGGAAGAAAAUUUGUCCUCUCUUUGGAGGAAUGGGUUAUGGAAGUCAGGUGGUAGUUUUAUACUCCAGCAUUUAUUACAUCAUCAUAUUGGUGUGGGCAUUCUUCUACCUCUUCUCUUCCCUAAGCGCUGAGCUCCCAUGGGCAAGCUGUAGAAACAGCUGGAACACGGAGACGUGUGUGGAGUUCAGUCAAAGACGCACGCUCAACUGGACGGUGUCAGAAAAUGCAACAUCCCCUGUGAGAGAAUUUUGGGAGAGACGAGUACUAAACGUAACAGGAAGUGUCGAUGACUUGGGUGGUUUUCGAUGGGAGUUGGCUCUUUGUCUUCUUUUGUCUUGGAUCAUCUGCUACUUUUGUGUGUGGAAAGGAGUGAAGUCUACAGGAAAGGUUGUGUACUUCACAGCCACAUUUCCUUAUGUCAUGCUGGCAGUGUUGCUUGUCCGUGGACUCACGCUGCCUGGGGCCAUCAAUGGCAUUAAGUUUUACCUCUACCCAGAACCAUCUCGCCUCGCUGAUCCACAGGUCUGGAUGGACGCUGGCACACAAAUAUUUUAUUCCUAUGCUAUUUGCAUUGGUUGUUUGAUGGCACUUGGCAGUUAUAACAAGUACGACAAUAAUUGUUACAAAGAUUGUGUAUACUUGUGCCUCUUGAACAGUGGAACCAGUUUUGUGGCUGGAUUUGCCAUCUUCUCUGUUCUUGGAUUCAUGGCUUACGAGCAGAACACGGACAUAUCCAAAGUAGCGGAAUCAGGUCCCGGCUUGGCAUUCAUCGCUUACCCUCGAGCUGUGGCCAUGAUGCCAUUUCCACAGAUUUGGGCCAUAUUCUUUUUCGUCAUGAUCAUCUUGCUUGGACUGGACAGUGAGUUUGUAGGUCUGGAAGCAAUUGCAACCUCUAUUUGUGACAUGAAACCGUCCUUCUUCCAUGUUGGCCAUAGAAGAAAACUACUUUUACUCCUCAUCAGUGUUUUCUGUUUCUUUAUCGGCCUCGUGAUGGUCACUGAAGGAGGAUUGUAUAUUUUCCAGUUGUUUGACUACUACGCCUGCAGUGGGAUGACUCUGCUUCUCUUUGCCAUACUUCAGUCAGUUUGUGUUGGAUGGAUUUAUGGAGCAGAUCGUUUCUAUGAUAACAUCCAGGACAUGAUUGGAUACAGACCUUUACCAGUGAUUAAACUCUGCUUGAAAUAUGUCACUCCAGUUAUCUGCAUGGGAACAUUUAUCUUCUCUUUGGUCAAAUACAAACCACUGAUGUUCAACAACACCAUUGAGUAUCCAUGGUGGGGUUAUGCCCUGGGCUGGUGGUUCACUUUGUCUUCCACACUCCACGUUCCUUUAUGGAUGGUGUACACCCUGAUUACCACUCCCGGAACAAUUCGUCAGCGUUUCACCACCCUCUGCACUCCAUCAAAAGACCUUUCACCACCCAAAUCGGAGAAGACAGUACUUGAACUACACAACUUGACGCACAAAUCAGACAUCAUGUUGUGA